CCUGUCAACCGUUUCACAGUUUCACGUAACAACCCUCAUAAGAAAGUUCUAAGUUUUGCUCCUACUUUCCCGUCCUCUUCCUUGCUCAUCACACGUCUCCGUUUGGUGCUGCUGAGAAUCCUGCUGAGAGGGGGAAAGAAAGAGACGUCGGCGAUGGCGCCGCUAAGGCGGGCGGCGAGCGCGGCGGCGGUGCUGCUGGCCCUCACGGGACUUUUUCUUCUCGUGCUCUCUCCCGCGGACGCAGCAACGGCGGCGGUGGAAGGAGGAGAGCUCAGGAUGAAGCAAUCUGAUGGUGGUUACUCUUACAAUAGUACUCUUGCUCAUAUUCUUGUCGAAUAUGCAUCUGCUGUUUAUACAUCCGACCUAACCUCACUUUUGAAAUGGACUUGUCCAAGGUGUGAAGGUCACACGAAGGGUUUUCAGAUGAUAGAGAUCAUUGUAGAUGUAGAGAAAUGUUUACAGGCUUUUGUUGGAGUUGCCCCUGAUCCACGAUCCAUAAUAAUUGCUUUUAGAGGCACCCAAGAACACAGCGCCUCAAAUUGGAUUGAAGAUCUCUUCUGGAAGCAGCUAGAUGUAACUUAUCCAGGCAUGCCGGAUGCAAUGGUCCACCAUGGAUUUUAUUCUGCAUAUUAUAAUACAACUCUGCGGCAUGAGAUCUUGAAAUCUGUUCAGUGGGCAUGGAAGACAUAUGGAAGACUACCCAUAAAUGUUGUAGGUCACUCUAUGGGAGGGGCUUUAGCUUCAUUUUGUGCCCUUGAUCUCUCUGUUAAAUGGGGGUCACACAAAGUUCAGCUCAUAACUUUUGGACAGCCUCGGGUAGGCAAUCCUGCUUUUGCUGAAUACUUCAAUGAGCAGGUUCCAAGAACAAUCCGCGUGACCCAUGAAAAUGAUAUUGUUCCACAUUUGCCACCAUACUUUUAUUACCUAGGCGAAUGGACAUAUCACCACUUUGCAAGAGAGGUUUGGCUUCGGGAGACCAUAGUAGGAAAUGUGGUUACUAGGAAUGAGACAGUCUGUGAUUGUUCAGGAGAGGACCCAACCUGCAGCAGAUCGGUCUACGGGAGAAGUGUGGCAGAUCAUCUUGAGUAUUAUGGUGUUAACCUACAUGCUGAUUCAAGGGGAACAUGUCAAUUUGUGAUUGGCGCAUCCAACUCAGCCUAUGGUGACAUUCUUCAAUUUGAUGGAACUAUCAUCUUAUCAAGAUAUCCACAGAAGCGAUAUCCUGUGGAGUCUAUCUAACCCUUUAGCUGAGGGUGCCUUGGCGUCAGAUAUGCAUUUGUGAUCAAAAGAGUGCUGCCCUUUGAAGGUCUGAGGAGCCAGGAACUGAUCGAAAUCAUGCUGGAACCUGGAUUCCCAAGAUGCAAAGUUGUACAUUAGUCGGCAGUGCCCGGUGGGAAAACUGAGGAUAAAGGAUACAUAUCUAUUCAAAUAUUCUCCAUUGCCAUCUGCUUGCCCUGUAGGGUUGCACCACAUCGGAGAAUCAAGAAGAAUAGAUACUACUUUGCAGCAUAUGAACUGCUACUGUUGUACAGCCUCAUUUGCACAGCAUGUGCUGGAUCAUGGCGUGGCGAAUGCUUGUGCAUUUGAUAAGGACAUAAAACAGGGCGAACAUUGAAAUCUUGAGAGAUGACAGAGAAUUGCGAAUGGCACUGAUUCCACUGUCGCAGAUAGGGUCAGAAGAGAGUGUGAUGGACUGAAUGAGACUGGAAGCCCUCUCUGCCUGAAGAUGCUAUUCUGAACGCCAAGGGAAGCUGAUCCUUCUUCCUGUACAAAUCACCUCUCUCUCCUUAGCCGGUGGAAUUAGAUCCCUGUGCCGUACUGCUGCCAUCCGUGUCGACGUUAGCGCCAUUUUGUGCUUGUUCUGAGCCUCUGUACUAUACGUACAGUAAAAUGAGUGAAGUUAGAAGCCAUGUAGAGAGAAUGUUUCAUCAGGGAUGAAACUCCCAAACAAAAUGAAGAGUAUCAGAGGAAAUGGCAUGUAUAUUGCA